UCGUUAGUCUUAUGAAAUUGUUGCGUUUGCACAGUUGGUUAGUCAUUCCCGUGUUGUUGUCAGAGGUUGAAUGCAGUUAUGUUAUAUCACCACAUGGGGACACUGUAGACCAUGACAUCUGAACGUUAUUCCAUGAAGCACAAGACUCCUCCCAGAAACAGAGGAUGAUGAUGAUGUUUCUCUGGGCUUUGUUACAAAGAGACGGAGGGCGAAGAGAAAGGAGUGAAAACAUUUCCAGGCUGGCUGGUAAAAAUGCUAAAACGUGGAUCCGUAUACUUUGAUUUUAAUAUUAUUGUUUGACGGGAGUGGUUGGACUGGGAUUUAUACCUUUCGGACUGGAUAUAAUUAUGUAUUUCUCAAGCAGAACGAUUUCUUUUCGGAUAUAUCUUGUGUUCGUGCUGCUGAAAUAUUGCUGGGAAGCGGUGUCUGGACAGCUCUCGUAUUCCGUCUCAGAGGAGGUAAACCCAGGGACUUCUGUUGGAAAUAUUGCCAAGGAUCUAAAUCUCAACGUCCAGGAUUUAGAGUCCCGCAUGUUUCAGAUUGUUAGUGGAUCAAAGAGAAAACAUUUCGAUGUGAAUCUGAAAACAGGCGUUCUUUAUGUCGACGAAAGAUUAGACCGAGAAGAGCUCUGUGCGAAGGCUACAAAAUGUACUGUCAGUGUAGAGGCCGUGAUCAACGACCCACUGAAGCUUUAUCGUUUGGAGGUAACUAUAUUAGAUAUAAAUGAUAAUGCACCCGCCUUCUCUGAGCAAUUACAGUCACUAAACAUUGCGGAAAGUACUUUACCGGGAGUGAAAUUUGGGCUCAUAGAGGCAUCGGAUUUGGAUGUUGGCAAGAAUGGUGUUAGUACAUAUAAGCUUAGUACGAAUGAUUAUUUCUCUUUAGAUAUUCACAAAGGGGGAAAGAGUGUGUCUGCCGAGUUAGUACUGCAGAAAUCUUUAGACCGUGAGCAUGACUCUGUUAUAAAACUCACACUGACUGCAGUAGACGGAGGAAAUCCAUCGAAGUCAGGAACCUCACAAAUUAUUAUCAACGUGUUAGAUAAUAACGACAAUCCUCCCGUUUUCAGUAAAUCUUUAUACAAAAUUCAAAUUCCUGAAAACUUGCCAAAAGGAUCUAAAGUCAUCAUUCUGAAUGCAACAGAUGCAGACGAGGGGUUAAACAGUGAGAUAGAAUAUUCAUUGAGAAGUAAAGGUCAGGAUCACGUUUUAGAUUUAUUCCAAAUUGAUUCUAAAACAGGCGAAAUUUCAGUCAAAGGUAAGAUCGACUAUGAAGAAAAUCCUGCAUUUGAGAUUCAUGCACAGGCCAGUGAUAAAGGCACACCUCCGAUGUCUGCUCAUUGUAAAGUGCUGGUUGAAGUGGUGGACAUUAAUGACAACGCUCCUGAGAUCACUGUGACGUCACUGCUGAACACAGUAAAGGAGGAUGCAAAAAUCGGCACUGCUAUUGCACUUGUCUCUGUACUGGACAAGGAUGGGGGGCAAAACGGUGAAGUAAAAGCUGUAAUUUCAAAUGAGACCCCAUUUAAAUUGGACACAAAUUAUAAAAAUUAUUAUUCGUUAGUAGUUAAUGGGCCGCUUGAUAGAGAGACUAAGGCCCAGUAUAAUGUCACUAUUGUAGCAACUGAUGGAGGGACUCCACCUCUCUCCAGCACAAGCAUAGUGACUGUUCAUGUUUCUGAUGUCAAUGACAACCCGCCUCGCUUCUCGGAGCCGCUGAUUAAUGUUUAUGUGAAAGAAAACAGUCCAGUAGGAUCAGUUAUUAAAACAGUGACAGCAGUUGAUGCUGAUAUAAAUCAAAAUGGUCAGGUGAGCUACUCAUUUAUACAAAGUGACAGUAACUCGUUGCCGUUAUCUACGAUGGUGAAUAUUAACUCAGAGACUGGAGAUAUAAUCAAUCUGCAGUCUUUUAACUUUGAGGAGUUAAAAACGUUUAAGUUUAAAGUUCAGGCCACAGACUCUGGUGUUCCUCCGCUCAGCAGCAACGUGACUGUGAACGUUUUUAUUCUAGAUGAAAAUGACAAUAGUCCUGCUAUUCUGGCGCCCUAUUCUGAGCACGGCUCCGUUAACAGUGAGAGCAUCCCCUAUUCUGCUGAAGCGGGCUACUUUGUGGCAAAGAUCAGGGCUGUAGACGCAGACUCUGGAUACAAUGCGCUGCUUUCUUAUCACCUGUCUGAGCCCAAAGGAAACAACCUCUUCCGGAUCGGAACCAGCACCGGGGAAAUCAGGACUAAGAGGAGAAUGAGUGACAAUGACCUGAAAACUCACCCCUUGGUGGUGUUGGUUUCUGAUAACGGAGAACCCUCCCUGUCAGCUACUGUGUCUAUUGAUGUGGUGGUGGUUGAAAGCACAGCUGACAUCCAGACUCAGUUCAGACAUGUGCCUGUGAAGGAGGAGAGCUUCUCUGAUUUAAACCUGUAUCUGCUGAUCGCCAUUGUGUCGGUGUCAGCGAUCUUUCUUCUGAGCCUCAUCAGUUUAAUAGCUGUCAAAUGUCACAGGACAGACGGCAGUUUCGGCAGGUACGGAGCCCCAAUGAUCACCACCCACCCUGACGGGAGCUGGUCUUACUCUAAAGCUACUCAGCAAUAUGACGUGUGUUUCAGCUCAGACACACUCAAGAGUGAUAUGGUGGUUUUCCCCGCGCCGUUUCCACCUGUAGAUGCGGAGCUGAUCAGUAUUAAUGGAGGAGACACUUUUACCAGGACUCAGACUUUACCCACUAAAGAAAAGGUAAGACCAGCACGCUUGUAUCGGCUUACAAAUUUAGCUAAUAAGUGUUGCUAA